AUGGAGAAACAUGAAGAUGUUCAAUACUGUUUUCAAGACAGAAACUCUUCUUGCAGAAAGGCUUUGCUGUCGACAUCUAUCUAUAUAACACUGUACAUCUUCUUCUCAUUGAUUUCAGUUGUUACAGUAUUUUUGAAUGUACUGGUGAUCAUCUCCAUCUCUCACUUCAAGCAGCUCCACACUCCAACCAACCUGCUCAUCCUCUCUCUGGCUGUGUCAGAUCUCCUGGUGGGACUGAUUGUGAUACCAGUAAUGACUGUAGCAAUAUUGGAAUCAUGUUGGGGUUUUGGGGAAUAUUUCUGUGUGUUUCAUUUCUACAUUACUUUUUUAUGUACUUCUUUAUCUCUGGGCAAUUUGGUCUUGAUAUCUAUUGACCGGUAUGUUGCUGUAUGUGAUCCUUUAUUGUACCACUCUAAAAUAACAACAACAGGAACUAUCUGUUGUAUAUCCAUUACCUGGUGUUGUUGUAUCAUAUACGAUGCUGUUAUUAUACAAAACUUUGUAAAUGUGCAGACACCCAGUAGGUGUUUAACAGAAUGUGUUAUUGUUGAAGGAAUAACAUGGGUUAAUAUAAUGUACAUUGUUUUUAUAUUGGUUGUCCCGUGCUCUAUUAUUAUAACACUUUAUAUGAACAUCUUUGUGGUGGCCAGAUCACAGGUGAUCAUUUAA